UGACAUUGACAGUUGACUUGUCAUGACAAAAUGAAAAAGGUUAAAAAUUUUGUUAGUUAAACAAUUUGUUGGAUACUCUGAAGGCGUUGGACAAAAACAAAAAUUGAUUAGGGCGAAACCUCAAAAUAUUUCCAAUCAGUAUUAUACAAGGACCAAUUAAACUUAGCCACUAUUAUUUCAGUACGCCUCGAAGAAAAUGAUUGUUUGACCGCUGACACGAGUAUUUUUGUUGAUUGUUUACCGAAAAAAAUUAAAACCUUUUUAAUAGAUGGAUCCCUACAAAUAGCCAAAAUGAGUUUCUCAAGUGACGAAGUUAACUUUUUAGUUUAUAGGUAUUUACAGGAAUCUGGAUUUCAACACUCAGCGUAUACCUUCGGAAUAGAAUCCCAUAUAUCCCAAUCAAAUAUAAAUGGAGCACUGGUGCCCCCUGCAGCCCUAUUAAGUAUCCUUCAAAAAGGGCUGCAAUAUACAGAAGCUGAAAUUAGUAUUGGAGAAGAUGGUACUGAACAAAGGCUAGUAGAAAGUCUUAGUUUAAUAGAUGCUGUGAUGCCAGAUGUAGUAGCUAGUAGACAAAAUCAACAAAAUCAGCAAAAGCAGGCUGUUAAAGCUGAGCAAUCAGAAACAAACGGAGAGGAAGCUGCAGUGGAAUCUACACAAAGUGAAACCAUGGAAGUGGAUGUCACCAUUGAGAUUCCAUCCUCAAAAGCAACAGUACUCCGUGGACAUGAAUCUGAAGUUUUCAUUUGUGCUUGGAAUCCCACCAUCGACUUGCUGGCCAGUGGAUCUGGAGACAGUACAGCUAGAAUCUGGGAUAUGUCAGACAACACAGCCAGUCCUAAUCAGCUGGUCCUGAGGCAUUGCAUACAGAAAGGAGGCACGGAGGUGCCUAGUAAUAAGGAUGUUACAUCGUUAGAUUGGAAUUGUGAUGGAAGCUUACUAGCAACAGGAAGUUAUGAUGGGUAUGCGAGAAUCUGGACAAGUGAUGGUCGUUUAGCAAGAACUUUGGGACAGCAUAAAGGGCCAAUCUUCGCACUGAAGUGGAACAAAAGAGGCAACUAUAUUUUAUCCGCGGGGGUUGAUAAAACAACAAUAAUAUGGGAUGCGGCCAGUGGACAAUGUACACAACAGUUCAGCUUCCAUUCUGCACCAGCUUUAGACGUCGAUUGGCAAACCAACACUUCAUUCGCCAGUUGUUCAACAGAUCAGUGUAUCCAUGUUUGUAAAUUGUCGAUGGACAAACCCAUAAAAUCCUUCCAAGGACAUACGAACGAAGUAAAUGCUAUCAAAUGGGAUCCUCAAGGACAACUGUUAGCAUCAUGUUCCGAUGAUAUGACAUUGAAAAUAUGGUCCAUGAAGCAAGAUACGUGUGUGCAUGAUUUACAAGCACAUUCAAAGGAAAUUUAUACGAUCAAAUGGUCACCAACAGGUCCGGGAACUCAUAAUCCCAAUAUGAAUCUUAUAUUAGCGUCUGCAAGUUUUGAUUCGACAGUUAGGUUAUGGGAUGUAGAAAGAGGCUUCUGUAUUCAUAGGUUAACUAAGCAUACUGAGCCCGUUUAUUCAGUAGCAUUCAGUCCAGAUGGUAAAUUUUUAGCAAGUGGUAGUUUUGACAAAUGUGUUCACAUUUGGUCGACGCAGUCCGGGCAUCUUGUUCAUAGUUAUAAGGGCACAGGAGGAAUAUUCGAGGUUUGUUGGAAUUCGAGAGGAGAUAAAGUGGGCGCCAGUGCUUCCGACGGUAGCGUAUUCGUUCUAGAUUUGCGCAAGCUCUAGCAUUGAGAGAAAAAUUCUGAUAUUGAAAAACUUUUGAUAGUAGUUAGUAAUUAUUUAGUUCUACAUGUAAAAUAAUUAUUGACGGCUGAAUUGAAUGAUUAAUUUAUAAAUAAAAGUGAAAAAGGUGAAGAAAAAGUCUGCCGUGACAUUUCAUAGUGUUAACGAAAACAUUUAUGUAACUGUUUUACCUGUUUAUAAACCACUCAUCAGCGGUAAAAAAAUGUAAAACCGUGGAAUUUUGAAAAUCAACACCCAUUUUAAUGAAAAUUUGGGUUUAAGUUCGAUUGACCAUCUUCUUCAAAAUUUACCUUAUGCCGAACCGUGCUUUUGCCCUGGGGGUAUAAACAAUCCCAUCUAGGUGAUGAAAAAUUUUUCAAUCAAAAUAACUAUGGAAAUCGAUAGAGUGAUCAAUUCUGAGUAAAUUUUGCUCUAUAAAUUUUUUUGCAAAAUUGACACUUUCCUAAGUUAUUAGCGAUUAAAUCUAUACAUUUUUAUUGAAAAAAACGCACGUUUUAUAACCGUUUUUCAUGAAUAACUUAAAAAAAUAAUUUUAUCGAAAAAUCAUUAAGAACAAAAUUGUGACUGAUAAAAACACAAAUAGAUUCCCGGUGCGAAUACCAUAAAGACGAGUCAUUGGUCUUUAAAGGAUGGUUAUUUUCCAAGAACCUCGAAAUGGAGAACCUUCAAUCUCAAAUAACUCGAAUGUGGUGCAAUUUUUUGGGAAAACUUAACAGGCAUCUCUUAAAGUUCAUUAUCUUUCAAACAAGCUCUGACAAAAGUUUUUUUUGCAUAAGAGCUGACUGACUUAUGACAAAAAUAAAGUCGCUCUCUGCUUUUUUCUUUUUGAAAUGUAACAAUUAAACCCUCGUCAAUACAAUCCUAACAGAAAUGAAUAGCUUCCCACUUGAAAUUAACUUUAUUUAGGUAUAGUUGAUACGAUCCAUGCGAUUUGACCGGUUUGGAAUGCCAAGUUUAGAAAAAAUAGUUGAUUAAAUCGAAAAUGACAUUUUUAUAAUUUAAAAAAAAUGCAUUUUUCCUAAAUAAAUCUAAAAGUAUUCAUAAUAUGAAAAAAUGUUUCAAAUGUUAUUUGUAGGAUUUCUUUUACUAAAAAUUUUAAUUUUUCUUUAUUUUGUAUCAUGAAUACUUUUAGGUUUAUUUAAGAAAAAUGCACUUUUUUUAAUUAUAAAAAUGUCAUUUUUUAUUUAAUCAACUAUUUUUUUAAACUAAGCAUUCGAAACCGGUCAGGUUACAUGGAUCGUAUCAGUUAUACCUAAAUAAAGUUAAUUUCAAAUGAGAAGCUAUUAAUUUCUAUUAGGAUUGUAUUGAAGAGGAUUUAAUUGUUACAUUUCAAAAAGAAAAAAGCAGAGUGACUUUAUUUUCUUCAUAAGUCAGUCAGUUCUUAUGCAAAAACUUUUUGUCACAGCUUAUUUGAAAGGUUUUUUAAUGAUCUUUAACGGCUGUCUCUUAAGUUUUCCCAAAAAUUGGCAACACAUUCGAGUUAUAGUCUGGACUGAUUAUCGGAGAAUAGGCCAUUUUUGGGAAAAGUUAUUUACCAGCAAUUUUAUUGCUGGAAUCGAAUUAUAAGAUCCUAUAUAUUAAUAAUAUAGGUAUGCAAAGUCCUCAGAUAGUGUGCUAAUUUUCUUAUAAACAAAAUGGCGCCCGAAAAUCGUGUUUUUUUCAAUUAUUGCUCUAGAACUCCGAAGAUUUUAACUUUACAACAAAAACACUCAAAUAAAAAUUCACCGUGAUUAAAUUCUGCAUAGAGACGUGUUUUUCCCGAUCUGCUCCGACGAAAAUUUUCCUCCAAAAAUGCGGGUUUUCCCAACAAAAUCUUUAAUUUUCAAAUAAAGUUUUAGAUAAGUAAUUAUUUACCAAUAAUUAAAUAAUUUGGUGACUUAAAAGCCUUCUUGGUUUAGAUUAUAGUUCCAGAAGCUGGUGAAAAUUAAACGAAUAUUUUAGCAACAAUUCAAUUGUUAAUUAAUAAUUUACGGUCGCAAUAAUAACCAAAAUAAUUAUGAUACACUGAUCAAACUUUGAAAUCUUAUAAAGAUGAGAUGCCUAUUUAACAUUUUGUCGACUAAAUAUAAAUUUUUUAUUUUUUUGCAUAAUCUUUAAAUGUUUAAAAAAAUAGUUAUAAACAAAUUAACGUUUCUCAGAAAGUUUUUAUUAUAUUAUAAUUUUAAAAAAUAGCUAAAAUGCGCAUUUCAAAUAUCUUGAAAAUGAAUGCUUUAAAACUUUUUUGCAACGAUUUGCAAAAAAGUUAUGAAACAGCAAAGUAAACAUACGAUUACUACGGUGUUAAUAUUUUUUUUUAAUUCUUUCAAAGCGUAGAAGUGAGUUUAAAGUAUAAGCUAAUUAUUUAUAAAACAAUAUCGAUUAUCAGCUUAAUGGUUACAUUUUAAUUAAAUAUUAUAAAUAUAUUUUUUUUGUAAUUUACACGCGCGAAAGUAGAAUAAUACAGUACCGUAGCUACCCGCCCACAUACACAACUCGCGCGGGUUUAAGCGUGUCAGUCGCUUCGAGUGAACAUUUUAUUUCCGGCUCUGUAUCAAGCCUACUUUCGCGCUAAAAAUUCCAAAAAAAAAUAUUUUUAAACUUUGAUUAAAAUAUAACCAUUGCACUAAUUUUGACAUUAUUUGUGAGUAAUUAGAUUGUACCAUAGACUCACUUUUAAGCUUUGAAACAAUUAAAACAAAUUAUAAACAAUGGAGAUAUCGUAUAUUUAUUUUGCUGUUUCCUAAUUUUUUGCAAAUGGUUGGAAAAAUUUUUUUAAACAUUCAUUUUCAAGACCUAUGAAAUUCGCAUUUUAAGUAUUUUCUAAAAUUAGAAUAUAAUAAACAAUUUCUAAGAAAUGUUAAAUUGUUUAUAACAAUUUUUUUUAAACAUUUAAAGAUUAUGGAAAAAAAUGAAAAAUUUAUAUUUUGUCGACAAAAUAUUAAAUAGGCAUCACACCUUUAUAAUCUUUUUAAGUUUGAUCAAUGUCUCAUGAUUAUUUUGGUUGUUAUUGCGACUGUAAAUUGUUAAUUAACAAUUGAAUUGUUGCUAAAAUAUUCGUUUCAUUUUAACCGGCUUCUGAAUUUAUAAUCUAUACCAAGAAAGCUUUUAUUUCACCAAGCUAUAUAAUUAUUGAUAAAUAAUUACUGGCCCAAAAAAUUUAUUUGAAAAUUCGAGAUUUUGUUGGGAAAACCCACAUUUUCCGAGGAAAAUUUUCGUCGGAGCAAAUCGAGAAAAACAUGCCUCUAUGUAGAAUUAAAUUGGGGUGAAUUUUUAUUUGAGUAUUUUUGGUAUAAAGUUAAAAUCUUCGGAGUUAUAGAGCAAUAAUUGAAAAAAAUACGAUUUGUCGGCGCCAUUUUGUUUAUAAAAAAAGUAGCACACUAUCUGUGGACUUUGCAUACCUAUAUUAAUAAUAUAUAGGAUCUUAUAGUUCGAUUAAAGCAAUAAAAUUGCUGGUAAAUAACCUUUCUUUGUACUUUACUACUUAGACUACGUAUUAUAAUUAUUUUUUUUUCAAAAUUUAAAGAUUAUGCCAAAAAAAGACAAAUUUAUAUUUUGUCGAUAAAAUAUUAAACAAGUAUCUCAUCUUUAUAAUCUUUAUAAGUUUGAUCAAUGUAUCAUGAUUAUUUUGGUUAUUAUUGCGAUCGUAAAUUGUUAAUUAACAAUUGAAUUGUUGCUAAAAUAUUCGUUUAAUUUUCACCGGCUUCUGGAAUUACAAUCUAUACAAAGAAAUCUUUGAUGUCACUAAGGUAUUUAAUUAUUGAUUAAUAAUUACUUACCUAAAACUUUAUUUGAAAAGUAUAGUUUUUGUUAGGAAAACCCGCAUUUUCCGAGGAAAAUUUUCGUCGGAGCAAAUCGUGAAAAACAUAUCUCUAUGCAGAAUUUAAUCACGGUGAAUUUUUAUUUGAGUGUUUUUGUUGUAAAGUUAAAAUCUUCGGAGUUCUAGAGCAAUAAUUGAAAAAAAUACGAUUUGUCGGCGCCAUUUUGUUUAUAAAAAAAGUAGCAUACUAUCUGCGGACUUUGCAUACCUAUAUUAUUAAUAUAUAGGAUCUUAUAAUUCGAUUCCAGCAAUAAAAUUGCUGGUAAAAACCGUUUCCAUGAAUUUUGCUAAUUAGCCCAGAUGAAUUUUGCUAAUUAGCCCAGAGUAUUAUGUGAGAUUGAAGUUUCACCAUUUCGACGUUCUUCGAAAAGAACCAUCCUUUAAAGACCAAUAACUCAGUCGUUAUUGGGUUUACUAAGGCGUUUAGAAGCCAAGGAAUACAAGUGCAUUUUUGGUACUGUUGAGAAAAUCAAGUUUGAAGUUUAACAUCUUUCCUAAAUUCUACCGCUUGUCUUUCAAAAUAAUUAGUGAUUGGCUAGUCUUUUUUACUUUAAUAACUUUUUUGUAAUAGUACAAUUAUAUCAGAUUAAAAAAAACUUAUCAUUUUACAACCUAUUUUAAAAUAAGAAACGGCACUUAUACCCAUUAUCUUCCAAUUGUAAUACUUGGACUGUACUUGUAUCUUUAUUCUUUUAAAUACAAUUUUAUUAACAAAACACAGAAUUUUUGUGAAAAAGUUAAAAAUUGGUAUAUAAUAUGAAAAAAGUAGGAAACACAGUAAAGAUAAACUUAACUAGUCAUCAUCGCUUUCAAAGCAGUUAUCUGGUUCGUCGGGUUCUUCCUGAAUAUUAUCCCGAGGGGCUUGAUCUGGGAUUUGUUGUCUUUUCCGUUGUUGAUGAGGCAAAUUUCUGUAGAAGUUGUGAUGGAUGGGAGGCUAUUAAGGGAGGAUUAUUAAGAGAUAUUAUCUAGAGCUCUUUAAAGAUGGCAUCUGGUGAUUAAUUUUUUUAAAAUACCUCCAGAACGCUACCAUUUAAAAAAACGAAAACUUGUGUGCCUAUUUAUUCUCCAGAUAUAAAUCGAUUCCAUCUAUUGCGAAUGUAUAGUAGUGGUCAUAGGCGUCGGUUUUAGGCAGGGCAACGGUUAUUUUAUCGCAUAACUUUUUUUGUUUAUCUUUUAAGCAAUUUUGACCCUGGAUUAUUAAAUUAUGAGGUAUUCUGUUACUAAAAGUUACUCUUACUUUAAGUCGAUAAACUACAAUGUAUUCUAUAAAAAUCGAUAUGAAAAUAUUUCGUUUUUUGAAUUUGAAAACAAUGUUCACAAAAAAAAACUAUUUAGAAUAACGAAAACUGGUACGUUUAUUUUUUUUCCAGAUAUGAAUCGAUUUCAUCAAUUUCGAAUCUCUAGUACCCAUCGUAGGCGUCCGUUUUGUGUAGGUCAACGGUUAUGGUAUCGCACAACUUUUUUGUUGUGAAUUUUUAAGCAAUUUUGACACUAGAUUAUUAAAUCAUGAGGUAUUCUAGUACUAAAAGUUAUUCUUGCUUUAAAUUUGUAAAAUACGCCGUUUUAUUUUGAAAAUAUUUUUCAAAUUUUUCUCAAAUUCAAAAAAUGAAAAUUUUUCAAAUCGAUUUUUCUAGACAACGGUGCAUCUUAGCGACUUUAAUCAAGAGUACCUUUUAGUACUAGAACACCUCACAAUUUGCUAUUACAGUAUCAGAAAUGCUUAAAUGUUACCGAGAAAACAGUUAUGCGAUAAAAUAGCCCUUGCCCUACCAAAACGGACGCCUAUGACCGGUACUAGAAAUUCGCAACUGAUGCAAUCGAUUUAUCUCUGGAAGAUAAAUAAGUUUACCAGUUUUCGUUUUUCUGAAUAGAAGCGUUCUAUAGGUAUUUUAAAAAAAUUAAUUGUAAGACUCCAUCUUUAAAGACCUCUAGCUCCCUUAGGAAGCAUUUUCGGACUGGAUGAAUUGAGUUAAAUUGUCUUAAAAUUGUCUGAGGAAUCUCCGGUCUUCGUUUGUCGGGAUAUUUUCUGAAUGCCCCUGUAUGACUAACACUUAUUUGGAAGCCAAGAGAUAUAAGUGAAAUAUCCAUAUAUGUCACUACUGGUUUUAAAUUCACUUGUAUCCUUUGUCCACAACAUUAAAAUGGGUAUUGACUAUCUAUUUCUGUACUUACCUCCAACUUGACCAAAAUUGCACUUAUACCACUUGACUUCUAGACGCCUCAUAUAUGUCUUUCCUACGCGAAUCUCUUUGUUUUCUUAUGAGUCACAAUUUAUUAUUUAAUAAUUGUUUCUAUAAAAUUAAAAUUUUUUAAACUAUUCAUGAAAAACGGUUAUAAAACGUGAGUUCUUUUCAAGGAAAAAAUGCAUGGUUUAAAUCGCUAACAACUUGGAAAGUAUCAAUUUUGCAAAAAAAAUUUAUAGAACAAAAUUUACUUAGAAUUGGUCACUCUAUCGAUUUCCAUAGUUAUUUUGAUUGAAAAAUUUUUCAUCCCCUUGAUGGGGUUGUUUCAUCCCCAGGGAAAAGCGCAGUUCGGCAUAGGGUAGAUUUUGACAAAGGUUAUAAUUACUACCUAAAUCCAAAUUUUCAAGGAAAUCGACCUUGAUUCUCAAAAUUCCACGAGAAAAUGGCUGUUGAUUGGACUUUUAUGUACAUACUUGAACAUGCUGAAAUAUUUCCAGUAAGUGAUGAUGACGAAUCGUUUGACCGGCGAUUUUUGGAUUUAAACUAAUUAAGACACAUCAGAUAUACUUAAUUGUGAGUUUCUGGACUUAUUUUUAUAAUAUAUAGGUGAAUAAAUUUUUAUUCCAUUA